CUUGCAGAGGCCCUGCGGCUGCCCUGCCCUCAGACUCUGGGACGCUGCUUCUUUGGGGAUCCCUUCGUGGCCCUGGUGGAUGGGCAGGCUGACCUGGGGGCCAUCUAGGACGGCAGGUGACGGUUGGGCCAAUGCCAGAGGGACCUGGGAGCAGCCCCGCGGGGGCCUCGCAAGGCUCUAAGCAGGAGGAGGAAGAGGAGGAAGAGAGAAGGAGGGCCCGUGGAGCCCCUGUGCCACCCGCCAUUGCCUGACCUGCUGCUGAGGCGGGGUGGGGGACGCGGGCGUCCUUUGGCCUCCGUGAGCCACCCCUGGCCAUCGUCCUAGCAUGUCUGUCCCCUGGCCGUCUACCCCCAGCCGGACCGGGGGAACAGUGGCCUGCCUGGCAGAGGCCCUCCUCUGGGUGGGAGCGAGCGUGGCCGUGUCCCCGCCGUGGCAGCUCGGCCCGCUAGUGGAGAGAUGCAUGAGCGCCAUGCAGGCGGGGACCCAGAUGGUGAAGCUCCGCGGCAGCUCCAAGGGCCUGGUCCGCUUCUACUUCCUGGACGAGCAUCGCUCCUGCAUCCGCUGGCGGCCCUCGCGCAAGAACGAGAAGGCCAAGAUCUCCAUCGACUCCAUCCAGGAGGUGAGUGAAGGGCGGCAGUCCGAGAUCUUCCAACGCUACCCAGACGGCAGCUUCGACCCCAACUGCUGCUUCAGCAUCUAUCACGGCAGCCACCGUGAGUCGCUGGACCUGGUCUCGCCCAGCGGGGACGAGGCGCGCACCUGGGUCACGGGCCUGCGCUACCUCAUGGCCGGCAUCAGCGACGAGGACAGCCUGGCCCGGCGCCAGCGCACUAGGGACCAGUGGCUGAAGCAGACAUUCGACGAGGCGGACAAGAACGGGGACGGCAGCCUGAGCAUCGGCGAGGUUCUGCAGCUGCUGCACAAGCUGAACGUGAACUUGCCCCGGCAGAGGGUGAAGCAGAUGUUCCAGGAGGCAGACACAGAUGACCACCAGGGUACACUGAGCUUUGAGGAGUUCUGUGCCUUCUACAAGAUGAUGUCCACCCGCCGGGACCUCUAUCUGCUCAUGCUGACCUACAGCGACCACAAGGACUACCUGGACGCCACUGACCUCCAGCGCUUCCUGGAGGUGGAGCAAAAGAUGACGGGGGUGACCCUUGAGAGCUGCCGGGACAUCAUCGAGCAGUUUGAGCCCUGCCCAGAAAACAAGAGCAAGGCGGUGCUGGGCAUUGACGGCUUCACCAACUACACUCGGAGCCCCGCCGGCGACAUCUUCAACCCAGAGCACCACGGUGUGCACCAGGACAUGACGCGGCCACUGAGCCACUAUUUCAUCACCUCGUCCCACAACACCUACCUCGUGGGUGACCAGCUCAUGUCCCAGUCCCGGGUGGACAUGUACGCCUGGGUCCUGCAGGCCGGCUGCCGUUGUGUGGAGGUGGACUGCUGGGACGGGCCCGACGGGGAGCCCAUUGUGCACCAUGGCUACACUCUGACCUCCAAGAUUCUCUUCAAAGAUGUCAUCGAGACCAUCAACAAAUAUGCUUUCGUCAAGAAUGAAUACCCAGUGAUCCUGUCCAUUGAGAACCACUGCAGUGUUAUCCAACAAAAGAAGAUGGCUCAGUAUCUGACAGAUAUUCUUGGGGAUAAGCUGGACUUGUCAUCAGUGAGUGGUGAGGAUGCCACCAUGCUUCCUUCUCCGCAGAUGCUCAAGGGCAAGAUCCUGGUGAAGGGCAAGAAGCUCCCUGCCAACAUCAGUGAGGAUGCUGAGGAGGGCGAGGUGUCUGAUGAAGACAGUGCAGACGAGAUCGAUGAGGAUUGCAAACUCCUCAAUGGGGAUGCCGCCACCAACCGGAAGCGUGUGGAAAACAUCGCCAAGAGGAAACUGGAUUCCCUCAUGAAGGAGUCGAAGAUUCGGGACUGUGAGGACGCAAACGACUUCACCGUGUCCACGCUGCCCCCGUCCGGGAAGCUUGGGCACAAGGCAGAGGGCAAAAAGGCUGAGGACGGCGUGGAGUCCGGGGAGGACACCGGUGGCAGCAGACGGAACAACCGGACCCUCAUGAGCAGCUUCUCCAAGCGCAAGAAAAAGAGCAGCAAACUAAAGAAAGCGGCCAGCAUGGAGGAGGGGGGCGAGGACCCGGAGUCCCAAGGCAGCCAGGGCCGAGGGUCAGUGCCCCGCCCGAACGGACCGUGGCAGCGGGAGGCACCCAGGCCCCUGUCUGCGCGGCAGCGGGAGUUUGAUGCGCGGGCCCUGGACCGCGCGGUGGGCUGGGGGAGUGGGGGCCCCUGGGCGCGGACCUCGAGGGGGCCGGACUGGCCAGCGUCGCCCCCUGUGCUCGCUUCCAGCGCCCGGUGCGGCGGGGGAGGCAUCCUUCGGUGGGGUCCGCGCCGGCACCCGCCCCUCCCCCAUGUCGCUCCUGGGUGGAGCCGGCUGAGGCCUGGAGCCUGCCUCCCAAACUGGGGUGCGCAGGCUGGCCCGAGUCUGGAGGCAGUGGCGUCCAGCUGGCAGGUGUCGUCCUUCAGCGAGACCAGGGCCCAGCAGAUCCUGCAGCAGAAGCCGGCCCAGUACCUGCGCUUCAACCAGCACCAGCUGUCCCGCAUCUACCCCUCCUCGUACCGCGUGGACUCCAGCAACUACGACCCUCAGCCCUUCUGGAACGCCGGCUGCCAGAUGGUCGCCCUGAACUACCAGUCGGAGGGCCGGAUGCUGCAGCUGAACCGGGCCAAGUUCAGCCUCAAUGGCAACUGUGGCUACGUGCUCAAGCCCCAGUGCAUGUGCCAGGGCGUCUUCAACCCCAACUCCGAGGACCCUCUGCCCGGGCAGCUCAAGAAGCAGCUGGUGCUUCGCAUCAUCAGCGGGCAGCAGCUCCCCAAGCCGAGGGACUCGAUGCUGGGGGACCGGGGCGAGAUCAUCGACCCCUUCGUGGAGGUGGAGGUCAUCGGGCUCCCCGUGGACUGCAACAAGGAGCAGACGCGUGUGGUGGACGACAACGGAUUCAACCCCAUGUGGGAGGAGACCCUGGUGUUCACGGUGCACAUGCCCGAGAUCGCGCUGGUGCGCUUCCUCGUCUGGGACCAUGACCCCAUCGGGCGUGACUUCAUUGGCCAGAGGACACUGGCCUUCGGCAGCAUGAUGCCAGGCUACCGGCAUGUGCACCUGGAGGGGAUGGAAGAGGCCUCUAUCUUUGUCCAUGUGGCCAUCAGUGAUGUCAGCGGUAAGGUCAAGCAGGCUCUGGGCCUAAAAGGCCUGUUCCUCAGAGGCCCAAAGCCCGGCUCCCUGGACAGCCAUGCUGCUGGUCGGCCCCCGCCUCGGCCUUCCGUUAGCCAGCGGCUCCUGCGGCGCACGGCCAGCGCCCCGACCAAGAGCCAGAAGCCGAGUCGCGAGGCCUUCCCGGAGCUGGUCCUGGGCACGCAGGACCCCGGCUCCGAGGGGGAGGCCCGUGACGUGGCGGCCCCCGGCCCCGGCCCCGCUCUGGAGGCCUCGGCCCCGGAGGAGCAGGGCAACCGCAGCCCCCGAGACACCCGCCCUUUCUCCGCGCAGAGGCCGGGCUCCUCCCUCCGUGGCCUGGAAACCAUUGCCGAGGAGCCAGCCCCGGGCCCCGGCCCCCCACCUCUGGUGGCUGCCCCCCCCAGCCCCUCCCCGGGAGGGCUGCCGUGCCCGUCGGGACCUGCCGCCGAAGUGGCCAGCCCCCCUGUGGUGGCUCUGGGAGCUCCCACGCCCUUCCAACUCAGGACCCAGAGCAGAGGGGACACGGAGCAAGCCCCAGAAAGCCAUCGGCGGGUGUACAACGGUGGGGGCCCAGGGGGAGCCUGCGAGGGGGCCCCCGGCAGCCAGACGGUCAGAAGGGCUGACGGCGAUGGGAAGGUGCCCCCGGAGAUCCCGGGCGGAUGGCGGCCCCUGGCCGGGCCCUGCCCCACCGUGUACUCGGACGCCACGGCUGGAGACCGGCUAUGGCGGCGGCUGGAACCGGGCGGCCACCGAGACAGCGUGUCUUCAUCCUCCAGCGUGUCCUCCAGCGACACGGUCAUCGACCUCUCCCUGCCGGGCCUGGGCCUGGGCCGUGAGAGCGUCUCCGGGGCUCCAGCAGGACGCCUGCCCCUGCGACCCUGCUCGGCCACGGCCGCCCGCCUGGACCUGCCUGCUGUGACCAAGAGCAAAUCCAGCCCUAACCUGCGGGCUGCCAGCCAGCUGCCCACGGCGCCGGAAGAGCUUCAGCCCCGUCCGCUGGCCCCUAGGCCACCCUGGGGCCGCCUCCCCCUGGUAGGCCUCCGGGACUGCCCUGCAGCCGCCAAGUCCAAGAGCCUGGGGGACCUGACUGCUGACGACUUUGCCCCUCAAGUGGAGAUCCCGGGCCGAAGCCUGGGCCUGGCGAGGGAGGGGCGGGCGGUGCGGGGGGCGCGACGGGACGCCCUGACCGAGCAGCUGCGCUGGCUCACGGGCUUCCAGCAGGCCGGUGACAUCACCUCGCCCACCAGCCUGAGUGGCGCUGGGGAAGGGGUGCCCGGUGCCCCCGGCUUCCUGCGGCGCUCGUCCUCCCGCAGCCAGAGCCGCGUGCGCGCCAUCGCCAGCCGGGCCCGGCAGGCCCACGAACGGCAGCAGCGGCUGCAGGGCCCGAGGGGACCCCCAGGGGAGGAGCGGGGCACCCCGGAGGGUGCCUGCUCCGGGGGCCGAGGGGCCUGCGGGGACGUGCCGGCCCCCUGCAGGGGCUCCGCGGCCACCGGCCUCCUGCUCAGACUCUGACGGAGGCUCAGGGCGGAUCGCAGCUGCCCUCGCCUUGGCCCUCCGUCUGCCACCCCUCCCCCCAUCCCCGGGAAGGAAGCGGCCUCCUGGUCUCAGGGUCUGGGGGCAUGUUUCCUGACGUUAAGAUACACAACAGAGGUAUUUAAAAUUUAAGAGACAAAGCUUCUACUGCAUUAAAAUGGUGCCCAGUCCUCUUCCA